AUGCGUCGACUACAGCUCUUAAAGAGUGUAAGUGGUGCUUUUAAGUCGGGAAUUUUAACAGCUCUAAUGGGUGAUAGUGGUGCCGGUAAGACCACUCCGUUGGAUGUCUUAGGUGGGAGGAAAAUAGGAGGAUAUAUUGAGAGAAGCUUUGCAAUAUCAGGGUACUCCAACCAACAAGGAUCCUUCACUUGGGUUUCAGGCUACUGUGAACAAACUGACGUCCACUUUCCCUAUGUCACUGUAUAUGAGUCCUUGUUCUAUUCUGCUUGGCUGCAGCUACCUCCUCAAGUUGUAUCAGACAUCAAAAAGGUCAUGGUUGAGAUGCCAUACAUUUUCAUGCUGGUUCUAGUAUAUGGUGUUAUAGUGUAUCUCAUGAUGGGACUUGAGUUGGCCAUUACCAAAAUCUCUUAG